ACGGGGAAAUCGAUAUGCACAAAUAGGCCUGCGUAUGAGGAUACAGUUAUUAUAUGCUCUUCAUUGCCUAAAUGUAAACUGUCGAACUUUUUAUUCAAUGUAUGAAAUUGGACACCGCUGGUGACAACGUCCUUAUUUUUUGCGGAGGGAUAUAAUGUUGAGGCUGACAAUGUGGAGGUUGUUAAGAUGUCUACCUCGCGGAUGAAAUGGUAUCAAUUGUAGCAAGAAAAAGAUACAUAGAAGAGUUGUAGAGUUUGUGUGGAUGCAGAAACGCUAGAUUGUAUAAACGUCCUGGACUGUCCCUCACGUCACGUUUAUAGAAGAACGGAGAAUGCAGUUGCUUCGUUUAAUCCGCCGAGUUUGAAACGUUGAAGGGAAUUCCCUUUUAAGUUUCACGCUAUUCCUACAGUGCCGUCCAUAUAUUUUCUGCUGUUCGAAGCCAGACUUUUAAUAUAAGUAGGAAGCUGGUCAUCUCCGAGUGGGAUGAACACGCAGCAGUCACACGGAAUGGCUGCUGUGGGCACGGACAAGGAGCUUAGUGACCUGCUCGACUUCAGUACGACAUUUGCUCCACCUGUGGGGAACGGCAAGACCCGGCCAAUGACGCUAGGCAGCAGCCAGUUUGUCGGCUCAGUGGAGGAACGUAACAGCCUGGGGUCCUGGGGACCGGAAGAUGAGAACAGCCGCUCCCUCACUCAUGGACGGGGUUUUGGUGACAGCCCCCACUACGCCGAACAGGAUGGCCUGCCUCACUCUCCUUUUCUCGGUGCUGGGAUCGUUGGUAAAAACGAGCGGGGUCAUUAUUCUUCCUUCGUGUCUCAGCCGGGCUUCUUAUCCAGCGACAUGGUCAUGCCUGGCCCUGACGCCCUGUCAGUCCCAGGGCUCAAGGCUCCGCCAUACUACACCUGCCCCAGCAACCCUAGGAGGCGCCCUCUGGAUACCCCUGUCGAAGUCCCGGUGAAAAAAGUAAGGAAGGUUCCUGCUGGACUGCCAUCUUCGGUCUACGCUUCCUCGUCAGGGGAGGAGUAUAACCGGGAGAGUGCUGGUUAUCCUGGCUCCAAGCCUGGUUCUGUCUACCCGGCCUCCUUUUACAUGCAAGACAGUCCUGACACCUGGGCCUCGCCUGGGUCACUGGGUCAGUCCGGGUUCCCUUCUGUGCUAGGGAGUUCCUCUCAGCUGGGUCAGCCUGCCCCCUUUGCGGUCAGCCCCCAGGACAGGAUGAAGCGGCAUCCUGCCCUGUCCCAACAGAACUACCCCCUCCAUGGCAGUGAGGUGAACGGUAGCCUAACCUCUGGUUGUCACGUUGGCUCGGGUGCCUACGGCAUCUCCAAUCUCACCCCACCCGUCAGUGGUGCAGAUGGCAUUCUGGUCAAUCGAGUUGUGACCGGGAGUUCUGGGGAUGAGAUUGGGAAGGCGCUAGCCUCGAUCUAUUCCGCUGACCCCAACGGAAACACCUUCCCAUCCAGCCCCACCACUCCCGUGAGCUCGCCUCAGAACAUCGCAGUGUCCCAGUGGUCACGGGGAUCCGGACAGUCGUCCCUGUCACCUGGUUUUGAGGGCGGGCUGCACGUACUGAACAAGCUGGAGGACCACCUGGAGGAGGCCAUCCACGUCAUGCGCGCCCACGCUGAUCAAACUGACAUGAGCGGUUUGCUGAGCAGCCAGUCCUUUGCCAGUGCCAGCCUGGGCCUUGGUGCUCGUCACCCAGCUAUGGUUGGAAGUCACCAUGAUGACCCUCCAAGUCUGCCCUCUAGUGGUGCUAUGUUACAUGGACACCGUGGAUCUGUUCCCACUCAGCUGAACACCCUUCCUGAGCUCAGUCAGCCGGACUCCUUUCCCAGCCUGGCCAGCGGCAUAUCCCACUCCUCCCACUCCUCGAGCAACUCCAACAUCAAGAGGGAGGACAAAGAGGAUGACGAGAACGCCUCCAUUGGUGAUAAGUCUGAGGAUGACCGAAAGGAAUCUAAAGGGCCGCGUGCCAGAAUGAGCGUGACAGAUGAGGGCCUCACGGCAGAGGAGAAGGAGCAGCGGGACCGGGAGCGCCGCCUGGCUAACAAUGCACGAGAGCGUGUGCGCGUGCGGGACAUAAACGAGGCCUUCCGGGAGCUGGGCCGCAUGUGCCAGGCGCACCUGAAGAGCGACAAGGCUCAGACCAAGCUGAUCAUCCUGCAGCAGGCCGUGCAGGUCAUUCUGAGUCUGGAGAAGCAGGUGCGAGAACGCAAUCUAAACCCAAAGGCUGCGUGUCUCAAGCGGCGAGAGGAGGAGAAAGUGUCAGGGGUGAUUGACCCCCAGAUGCAGCUGUCAGGACACCCCGGGCUGGGGACAGAGGGGCAGAACCCAGUCAGCCAUAUGUAACUCUCAGAUCCUUUGGAACUUCCUGGGAUCCUGGAAGAUGUGGCCUUAUUUUUUCCCCACCAUUCUUAGUGUGUGUACACAUUCUGUCAUUCUAUAUAAAAGCAUAUUUGAGAAGAUGCAUGUUCACACAGCUACACACAUCUUAACCACGGAGACUGACAGAACCAGGUGUAACUCCUGAGGACAGCAGACAGCUGCAACACCGUUCAGAUGUGGUGUUUAUGGCGAACAUUCUGCCAUGAUCUCAACAUUGAUUUGGAAGCACCCAGUACAAAAACAGACCAUGAAACUGAGAAAAAGCCCUGAGAAAAAUCUCAUGAAAUGUAAAUGCAGAUGUGCCUAAUGAGCACAGUUUUGUAUGUCAACAAGCUGCCCCCGUUUGGAGACGAGUAUCCCCCUCCUCGGAAAAAAAAUAUUUCUAACUGGGUUUUAUAGUAUGCAGAAAUGUAGCUUGUAGAACCCAAUGUAGUGAAGAAUUCAGGCUUUCAAGUGCAGUUAUGUCCCAGAAUCUCCAUAAUGGGACUUCCAGUAUUAUAAAUCUUAAAGUUUAAUACCUCUAGACUUAACAUGGAUUAUUUUUCAGAUGACUGAGUCCAAUUUUUGUGUGUAACCACAGUAUUGCAAUCCUUUCUGCCUCGGUUGUGGGGCUGAAUAUAUGUUGGCUAAGUCCCAAGUGCUGUUUUAUAGCACAAAAUAAUGAAGGACCUUCUCUGAUGUCCCCUUCAGCCAGGCCCAAGAGCGGCACAAAGCACCCAGCUCCAGUGAGCAGACUUAUCGAUAGUCCUCCCUUUCUCGAGGGCUGUCCAGAUUGGUGUUUAGUGCAGUCAUGAUCUUGGAGUGUUGACACGCUUUUUUCCUCAGUGCUAGUGGGACAAGAGUCUGUUCAGUAUACUAAGAUCCCGGAGUUGCUUUGCCUACAUGCUUCCAUAGACUUUUAAGCAAGGAAAUGUCCGGAGAUCGAGAGAGAGCAGGAAUCCUCAUCAGACUGGCGAACAGCUCCAAAACUGCUUCCAGAGGUUGAGGUGGUCCUCUGGAGUCUGGAAGUGGCUGAAUUUGGCUGAAAGGCACUGGAAAGCAGCCUGGCCACCUGCAUGGAGAACGCUGGGGAUCCCAAGAUGUUAAAGGAGCAAAGCUUCGGCAAAGGUCUCCUAGCCAGGGUGGCGUUUAACUUUUGAUUGCAAAGGAUUUGUAUUGGUCAACGUCCCACUAGCAAAACAAAGCAUGCAUGGAUGCUUUCAUAAACUUUUAUAUUGCAUAAUAUAUAUUACAUUUUACAAUGGAUAUUGUAACAAACAGGAUAAGGUAAGAUGCAGGGAAAAAGAAAAUACCACCACCAUUCACAACUACAAGCACUGUUUCCCUGCAGAUUUGAGUACUUGCAUACAGUUUGAUAUAGUUCAGUGGGCUGGUUUGGUUUGGAAAUGGUGAAAUUGAAUGAGUUAUGUAGUGGAACAUAUAGCAAUCAAAAUCCCCUUCAGGAAAAUGAACUGAAACUCCAUUGAAAGGUGUGUAAAUGUCAACUUGGCUUGUGACUUGAUUGCGAUUUUAAGAAAAAGGUGAAAUAAUCUAAGGUGAAUGUGUAGAAAUUACAUAUGCAAUUGGUUUUGAAUGUACGAUGCAAAUUGGUGUGUUCAAAUAGGCAGGCAUCUGCUCCUGUAAAUGCGUCCGGUCUUCUGUAUGGUCGCUGAAACUAUCUGCAUUAACGGUGUCUGCUGACAAUAGGCCAAGGGAGGCUGAUGCAGACUGGAAGCAUAAAUGCUGGCGACAGAAUAGCUGUUAGUCACCUUGCUGCAGGCGGGAGCCAAGUGGAUAAUGACCAUCCGCUUCUGUUAAUUUUAAGGUUUGUAAAACUUAAAAUGAAAGCAACAGAUGUUAGGUAAUGUGGCCAGACAUGAAACUGGAGAGUGAUACCUCAGUGCCUAAAUGUUUUUUCUCACUCUGCCCCCCCUGCCUUGGUGUUGUAAUAUGUGGUUAUUAUUGUGUGGUUAUUGUUUUUGGUUUUGGGGAACUUCUGAGACAGCCGUGUUUUAUGGUUGCAUUUCAAAUGCUUUGGCGGCUUAUAGCAGGGCCUCCUCCCCGCUCCCCUGCCCCCCCCCUCCUGUGUCUUGUACUAUUUAGGUUUUGCAUAUUUUUUUAUCAGAUGCCUUCCUUCCUGUUUUGAGCUCCAGUGGUGAAAAGGUGAGUGCAGUGCAUGGCACUGUUUACACUUACAAGAGGUUGUCAUGCUAUGCCAUGACUGAUGCUGGAGGGUUAGGGGUUAUAGUUUGUAGAUAAGGCCUUUUUCAAUUAGCAUGCUACCUUGUGUGUUUGGUGGGUUCUUGCAUCACUUCUUCCCAUGCAUUUAAAGUGACACGUGGACAGUGCUGCAUAUUUUAAUGUGUUCUUGCAUUCAUAGGUGUGACUUCUGCCAGUUUCAUCCAGAUCUUUAUUGUCUGGGCUGCACAGUCCUAGCUGUGUGCCAGUCAAGGAACACAUCUUAUUGUCAGAGAUUCUGAGGCGUGUCUUUGAAAAGGUGUGAUUCUUCUAUAAAAGCCGUUAUUUGGAAGUGCUUUGGGUCAUACACAUGUAACUGGAAUUUUUUUUUGGGGGGGGGGGGUGGACUGAGUUAUAGCAAACAUACAGGCAACCUGAGUUGUAUUGCAUUUUACUUCAUUAUGAAUUCAUUCUCUGCAAUAUGACCCGAAAUGGAAUUUUAGAUCGUUUUUAACAUGAAGAGCAGUGCCUGCUUUUGCACACUCCCGGUGCUGUCAGUGACACAAAUGGCCUCUGAUCUUUGUGUAAUCAGCUGCCAAAAUAUUGACUUUAAAAGCCAGCGUAGUGAACUUGUCAGAUGCAGCUGAGCUCGAACCUGUGUGUGCAGCCAGUGUUCUCUAAAUGUCCAUGUGUGUCACGUUGUAUUCUGUCAAUGUGGGAAUGGAUUUGAAUGGAAUGCACCAGUAACCCUUCUCCCCUUCCCAGUGUAAAUACACUGAAGUGGAACCUUGCCAUCUCACAUUCAUUGAGGACACAACUGUUCUCAGAGUGCCUCAGACCCGGUUUUUAUUUUUAUAUUAUAUAUAUAAAUAUAAUCUAGUUAUUGAACUGUCCUGUAUAUAACAGUAAUGUAGCAAUAAAUGUGCCAUUUUUAAUAACAAAUAUACCCAAUGUCUUGUUUUAAAAACUUGUAUACAUAAAGAAACUUUGUAAUAAAGGUUUACUAUAA